UAACAAAGUACAACACUUUUCACCAUCCACCAUGAAUUGCAACUGUCAACUUUUAUGUAUUGUCAUUUUAGGCGCCUGUAUAUCAAUAGUUAAUGGAGCUACAGUAUCAACAGCUGCUGUCUCUGUUACUAGUGGCAAUGAUACAUCUAUCGUACCAAUAGAAACGACAUCAAACCCUGUUACCAUGACAACAGGAGCAGGGACAACAUUAAAUGCUCAGACAACACAACCACCAAAAACCGGGGAUACUACACAGCCAUCAAAGCCCACGGAAACUACACAACCUUCCACAAAACCCGCUGCCUCUACAGGAACAACACCAAAGAAACCAACCACAACCAUAAAACCAGGACGGAAAUUUGACGGUCCAUCUUUUGGUGGCGGUUUUGGUUUAGCUGCUGGCUUAGUAAUAAUAUUUGGAAUUGGAUACUGCUGUUAUACAAGACGAAAAACAAGUGGUGGAUAUAGCCAGUAUUAAUAAUUUAGUGAAUGCAAUAAGAAUGCAAUGUUUAUUCAACCAUAUUUUCUGGUUAAUAUGUGAACAUUUAAUGUUUUGGAGUUUUGCCAUCCAAAUUGAGCAUCUAUAGAACACGGCAGUUAAAAAAGGAUCUCAUUUCGUCCAUUGUUAUUCUUGUUUUGCCAUAUAUACUUGGCACCAUGAAUUCGGUAUCAAUGGUGCAUUUUUAUUAAUUAAAUGUUUUACGUUAUUGA